AUGGCGGCGCCCAUGGCGGCGAGCGGCGGCUCCGUGACGCGGCGGCUCCUCCGCGGCUUCUCCCGCGGCCUCAGCGGCGGCGGCGCCGCGGCCGAGCAGCCCGAGGCCGCCGUGGUUAACGUCGUGUUCGUGGACCGGGAGGGGCGGGAGGUGCCGGUGCGCGGCAGAGUCGGUGACAACGUGCUGCACCUGGCGCAGCGGCACGGGCUGGAGCUGGAGGGCGCCUGCGAGGCGUCCCUGGCCUGCUCCACGUGCCACGUUUACAUCAGCGAGCCCCACCUGGAGCGGCUCCCGGCGCCCGACGAGCGGGAGGAGGAUCUGCUGGACCAGGCGCCGCUGCUGCGGGAGAACUCGCGCCUGGGCUGCCAGCUGUGCCUGAGCCCGGCCAUGGAGGGGGCGCGCAUCGCCCUGCCCCGCCUGACGCGCAACUUCUACGUGGACGGGCACACCCCCAAACCCCACUGACACCCCAAAAUUGUACUGGGAUACCCCAAAAUAUACUGGGAUACCCCAAAAUAUACUGAGAUACCCCAAAAUACACUGAGAUACCCCAAAAUUAUACUGGGAUACCCCAAAUAUACUGAGAUACCCCCAAACCACACUGACACCCCAAAAUAUACUGGGAUACCCCAAAAUAUACUGGGAUACCCUGAAAUUAUACUGGGAUACCCCAAAAUAUACUGGGAUACCCCAAAAUAUACUGGGAUACCCCAAAAUUAUACUGGGAUACCCCGAAAUACACUGAGAUACCCCCAAACCCCACUGACACCCCAAAAUAUACUGGGAUACCCCAAAAUACACUGAGAUACCCCCAAACCACACUGACACCCCAAAAUGAUACUGGGAUACCCCAAAAUUAUACCGGGAUACCCCAAAAUACACUGAGAUACCCCCAAACC